ACGUGAAAUCUUAAGAGGAAGUGACUUACCAAAACUGAGCGAACAAAUGAAGACGAGAACUACAUAACGAUGUAGUCGACGUUUUGGAUUACAUAUAGCUAUACUCCCACAACCUUGAGUUUCAUCUUCUGGUUCCUUGUUCAGAAGUGGCCUCGUUUCGGACAUUUUAUCCGUCGUCGAAUCCGCCGUGUUGUCCGCCAUUGUUGAUACCUGAUCUGUCAUUCAGUGGCCUCCGACUGAUUACCGAAGAAUUACCGAUUGUUUAUCGAGUGCGUAAUAAACAACAUGGUCGUCUGUGUCAUCCACAUGGUUGACAAAUGAGUCACAAAUCUCAAGUCCACAAAAAGAAAUACGAAUAAUAAACCAAACAAAGUGACUUUCUGCGUUACAGUAUGAGUUAUGGACCAGCAGGUUAUGAAGACGAUUGGGAUGAUGAUCAAUUCGACUUUGGAGAUCAUUACGACCCCGAAUAUUCAGCAGCCAAGAAUACUGAAAAUGAGGCAAAUGUGAAAUCAUACGAUGUGCCAAAAACCUCUUCAUUUAAAAAUUCAACGGUCAGUGGUGGCUUUGGAUCACCUUCAAGCUUGAAAUCAUCUGUCAAGGGGACUGCAGGUCGUGGACGGGGAAAAUCUGGGGGGUUUAUUCCCAGCAAGAUGCAAAAUAAUUUUCAGUCAAAGAAAGAUGUCCCAUCGAAGAAAAAUAAAGGACAAGGGAACUUUUUAUUUGCACGCACAAAAGACAAGACGUAAGUAUCAGUAAAAAUGACUUGUUUGUCCGUGUAAAUACCAAGCGAAGGUAAGGGAGGGGCUGUUGCCCCUUGCCAAGGUGUAAUUUGAAAGCCUGAUUUAUAUACCUAUUACCUACCACACCCAUUUUCUAUUUGUUAUCAAUCAGUUUUGGUUUCCAACUUAAGACCUCAUUGGCUCAUUCUGAAAGCUGGGCAUGGUUUUUGAUUUCUAGAGGGGAGAGCGGGACUGAGAAUGUAAGACCCAGUACUACAUUCAAAAUUUCAAAUUCAAGACCUGUACCGGGUUUACAUUUUCAAUUCAAGCCCUGGUAUUAAGUCUUGAAUUCAAAAAUUUAAGACUUAUACUGAGGCAAGCAGCCGCUGCUACAAAACCUAAAGCCCCACAUCUCCUUUUCGACUAGACAACCCUGCACGUCCCUGAGUUGAGAAAAAGACAACAGCUGUGCACCUCGGCCCCAUUAAACUCUACAAGAGUAAAGAUAGGUAAGAGUAUACUAUCACCUGGCACACAAGGAUUAGCUGGAUCAACCAUCAAACUUGCUUGUUGCACUCAGGGAAUUUACACAAUAAUAUUUGCUCUUUAAUUCGCUUGUGGGAUGUGAAAUGAUAUAUUGUACAUGCUUAACCACAUUAAAGUGUAUGUAAUGCACAUGUUCAACCUUAUUUUACCAGUGGCAAAGCUAGCGGUUGUGCUGGGCAUGACCAAACAUUUUCCCAAAAAUAUGAAAAUAUGCAUUACUUCUUGUCUUCUUGCAAUAAAUAUGUCUUAUAGUUGUGCUGAGUUUAUGACACAUUGCUUCCAUUUAAUAGUUAAAUUUGUUAAAUAGUCCAAAAUCGUCGAUAUCUUGAGCUUUCUAAUGACAUAAAAAGGUAAAACAACAGUCGCAGCCUAAUAAUAUUUUACACAAUUUUGUUGCAUCACUGGCCUGUUACCAAGCAAAUGUAUACUCUUUGUUUACAUAUGUUGUAUUUCUUAGUCAUGCUUCUUGUGAAGAGCAUAACUAGCUAAUAAUUUUAUACAAGAAACACUGGGUUCUGAUUGGAUAAUUGUUGCUUGCGCAUGCCCAGUAUGGCUGUUCAGAAUGUUUUGGUCAUGCCAUUCUGAUUCUCCAUUCAUAUGACUAAUAAUAAUCAGAGUGACAUUUAAUUGCUAAAUUCCCCCAGAAUAUGCAGAGUUAACCGCUGACCACAAAGUAGCCUACAAUGGACGAGAAAUGUUUUCGACCAUAUUGUUUGUUUUGUUAUUAUGCAAAAACAUUACUUACUGAACAGAUUAUUGUAAGUAUUCGAACUCUAUUUGUUGUAAACCUUAUAUAUUUGUUUUAGCUUUAAUUUACAAUGCUUCUUACUACUUGUAUUUAUUAUUGUAGAAUUAUGGUUUCUUCAUUGUUGUGUAUUAUAUGAGAUGGUUAUAUUUAUAUUAAUACAUGUUUUGCAAACAAUCGAGAAGACUAUCUUUAUGAAGAAACCAUUUUGAGUUUAUUUGUGUGGUCGUCGACACAGAUACAGCAAAGUCAAACCUGCCAUCCUAAGAGUCUUAUAGUACCACAGACAUUGGUUAAAUAAAAGACAAGCUAGGCAACCAUGGUAAGAGUAACUUGCUCUGUCCCCAACUGUGAUUUUCAGACUGAUGAUGUAUCAGAGGCACUUACCAUCCCAUUAUUAGCAAACCACAGAUUGGCCCAUCAAAGCACACCACCCACUGUUACUGCAAGCGAAUCGGCACCAGUCCCCUGUGGCCCAAAACUUGAUCGGCCAAAGGUAGAUAUUGGCAUAACAACUGAGCAAUGGAAAAUAUUUACUUGUCGCUGGGAGGUAUUCCACACUGGCUCAGGUAUCGAUGACAUAUCACCAUCAUCCCAGACUCCCAGUUGUUUCAAUCUUGGUGAUAGCCUGCUAAAAGCCAACCCAAAUGUUGUCUCAAACACCCUAACACAACUGCUGUCUGCCAUGUGUUCUCUUGCUGUUAUCCCAGUUGCCACUGGUGUUCUGCGAACCGAACUGUUGCAGCAACGUCAGGAGUGCGACGAGCCAUUCUGUGCAUUUGCAGCAAGGGUGCGUGGAAAAGCUGAGACAUGUGAAUUUACCACCACAUGUGAGUGCGGGAAGAACAUUGACUACACCAACCAUGUCAUAUGUGAUGUUCUCCAGACCUUAUUCAAAGUCUUCACAGAGGUGUCGCAGAGAUGGAAUACCAAACCGCAUCAACUCUGUUGCAUUAACUGUUACAGGGCUCAACCUCGCCAACAUCCAGACAAAAAUCCUAUCUGUCAAUGCCGUGGAAGCAGGCCCAAUUACUCAAUUAGCAGUAGUUCAUUCCUGUAAAACCAGCCCCUCUCAACACUCCAGUCUCCGUCAUCAUAAGCCACACAUGCGACACUCGACCAUCACAUCUUCAUGAAAGGUGAGUGGGAGACGAGCACAGCUGCGUGACCGACCACAGGUCACCGUAACCAUCUCUGUUGCCAACCCAACUCGAGGUAGCCAAUCAAAUUAUAGCCACAGUUACACAUCGAAUACACGGCAGAAGUUGCCGCCAUAGCUGACACUGAUUCGAUUCGCCAUUUUCCGAUUCGAUUUGUGGUCCCUACAAGAGUUUCUCGCCAGAGGAUUCUCACAUGCUGACCUACAUCCUGUAACCCUAAGCCUGUCCGCAGCAAACCAUUCACCCAUCAAGAUCGAGGGAGCAUUCUUUUCUAAAAUCACAGCAAAAUCUAGUGAGGACCAGGUAACAUCGUCCCAAUCCAUGGUCUACGUCAGCAGCUCUGUCCAGGUGAUGUACAGUACCUGCCCUACGACUCCUUAAUCAACCUGUGCGUUCUUCCCUCCAGUUUUCCAUCCCAUAACAAUGCAGCCGAUUCCAACAACGUGCCCAGCACUAACGAACCCCGAGUCCCUGCCAACCAGGGUGAACAACCAACCAUCAGUGCUGUACGGACAAUGAACGAUGGCUGCACAGAACCACACAUCCCUAAAACGUGGAAUUUAGUCGACGAACUACUGAAGCAACUUAGUAGAUUGUCUUUUAAAAAUGAACUACAAAGAAAAAUAAUUAAUGAAUAUGAGGAUUAAUGGCAGUUUCGCCAUUAAAAUUUUCUGCCAUUUAAAUCUCUUUUGAGUCUCUGUUGUUGUUCGUAUUGUGUCUGUUUUUAUAUCAGUUUUGUCUGUGUGUUUGAGCUAAUUUAACAUGCGAUCACUCAGUCAAACGAAUAGCAAGAGCAUAUAGAGUAAUAGCACAUGACCUAAGCGCAACAGUUCUUUGGAGGGUAUAGCUCUGUUGGAGAGGAUGCACGCAACGUUUAGCAAGGCUGUAAUCACGAACUGAAGUCAAUUUGGCUGUCAAGUAGGUACUCAAACUACCGACCAACGACUAUCCCGGCUUGGCAAAUCCCAAUGAUGCCGAGAAUUCGCCUCUCCAAAGACAGAACUAUUGUCACACAAAGUGGAAACCGGAAUACAAAAACGAACAAAAAACACACAAAUACUUACCCAAGUGACGGAACAUACAACACCAAACAAUAAAUAAUACUCUCUGACAAAGCAAAGAUAACAUGCCAUAGCUAAAAAGAAUGAAAAGCUCUGCAACGCAGUACGUGUCUACAAAAAAGCAGAUUAGUGUUAAAACCAAUUUGAGUAACAAGGGGAAUAAUCAUCCAGAAUAGCUGGAGGUAUGCCCGCGAGCGGGCGCGGCAAGUAAGCACAACGAAAAAGUAUCCAACAAGACAACAAUUGGCGUAAUCGACAGCGCACCCCCAAAACACGAGACGUAACAACAUAAAACGCAAGUAUUACGUAGACUACGAGAACAAAGAAAAGUGACUGAACACAAUAAGCUACCCAGGGGUGCGCCUUGAUUGACGGCCAAAACAAUACAUUACAGUACGAUACAGGCACCUCUGGUCAGCAGCGACCAGGAAACGCUGAUACUAAUAUUUUUACCCACACCUCCGCUGGUUUGCAAUAACUGAAAGCAUAGAAUGUAAAGCAACAUAAGCGGUACAGAUACAGGCACCUCUGGUCAGCAGCGACCAGGAAACGCUGAUACUAAUAUUUUUACCCACACCUCCGCUGGUUUGCAAUAACUGAAAGCACAGAAUGUAAAGCAACCCAUAGAAGCCAACAUAAGCGGGCAGACACUCCCAGCAAGCGGGUUAGCACCAGCAGCACCCCCCAAGAAAACCAGUGCGAACAAGCAAUGUCCUCCCAAAAGAGGGCUGGGUGGGUGGGUGGGUGGGGACGUUGUGAACUUGAAGGUCUGCAAGCAAUGAGCUAUACCUGUGAGCUCCACGGCUUAAAUGAUCUCGGUAAACCUGCAUAAUAACUAAUAUGAAUAUAUAAUUAAUAUAUACAUAAACAAUACGCACACAUUCGUUCUCGAAGUUAAUUAUUUUUAUUGCAUAAAAUCAUUAAAAAAAAAUUGGUUUUGUAAAAAUUCCCCAAUUGUUCGUAAAUGUAUAAUUUUUGCUUUUAAUGGCCACUUGUCUCGAUUAGCUCCUAUGGUUAUUACAGGCGACCAGCACUAUACCUAUAUGUUUAUGUUCCCUAAUAUAAUUAUUCAUGUAUUUAUAAUCAAAUAGUGCUCAAUAAUUUUUUUCUUCCCACGCGAAACAGCAUGCUCCUGUUCUGUGCGUUCAGUCCCCCCACCACGUCCGUCUGAACUCCCAUUCCCAUGCACACCAGAAAACAACGCGGAAAUGGAAAAGUGGCUGCUUGACAGGUACGCCUCCUCGACCUUCAACACGUGUCCCCACCGGGCAUUACCCUGCAUGGCAGGACCUCCUGUCGAGAUACAUAUUGAACCAUACACGACACCAAAGGCGUGCCAUACUCCGGCUAACGUGCCCUUAUAUUGGCAGGAGAGUGUACUGUACGAAAACCUCCAUGAUGAAGCCCUCGGGGUUAUUGAACGUGUUCCCUACGGCGACCCUGUUACGUGGUGUCAUAGGAUGGUGAUCACACGGAAGCAUGAUGGGUCUCCUCGUCGCACAGUCGACUUGUCACCACUGAACAAGUUUUGGAAACGGGAGACAUUUGCAACAGAGUCGCCCUUCCACCUCGCUCGCCGUAUCCCGAAAGACAACUGGAAAACAGUAACAGAUGCAUGGAAUGGCUACCAUAGCGUUCCCCUUCGCCAAACUGACCGGCACCUCACAACCGUUAUUACGCCGUUCGGUCACUGGCAAUACACAAGAGCACCUCAAGGCUUCCUCUCAUCAGGGGACGGCUACAAUCGUCGCUUUGACGUAGUUCUCUCGACCUUUGAGCGCCAGGAACGUUGUAUUGAUGACACCAUACAUUACGACUCUGACCUGGAACAGCAUUGGUGGCGGACAAUUGACCUGCUUAUUCGUGUCGGCCAGGCUGGUAUCGUGUUAAAUUCAGACAAGUUCCAGUUUGCAGAGAAGAGCGUUGAUUUUGCCGGGUUUAGAGUAUCAGACUCAACCAUCGAGCCACUCCCAAAAUAUCUCAACGCAAUCAGGGAAUUCCCCUCUCCAGCAUCAACGACAGACAGUUGGUUUGGCCUUGUCAACCAGGUAGCGAACUAUGCCCAAUUACGCGAGAUAAUGGCCCCCUUCAAACGCUUUCUUAGCCCACGCUACAAGUUCUCAUGGUCCCCCGAAUUAGAGGAAGCCUUCCAGCUACUGUAUCCAAGGAAGCGAUCAUCGAAGCCACCCGUCAGGGGAGUGGAAAUAUUUGACAUGCAGAAGCGUACAUGUCUCCGCCCGUCAACACGCAGUAUUGGAUAUUUCCUUCUCCAGCAGCAUUGCCGCUGUCCCUCUGGUGUCCCAGACUACUGUCCAGGAGGUUGGCGCAUCACCUUACACGCGUAAAAAUUGAGAAAAUCAACAACUUGUUCCAGGUUGAUAUCAACAGACGUGAACAAGGUUGUGCGGUCCACUAGGAACAGUAUUGUCAACAUGUUGUUACAGCAUUGUUCAACUGUAACAACUUGGAACAACAUGGUUGACAACUUGUUCAUAGUUGGCCGCACAACAUUGUUCACGAUAUCAACUUGGAACAACCUGUGCGUUUUUAACCAUGUAGCUGGCUCACGAUUUCUGUCCCCUGCGGAACAGCGGUAUGCGGCAAUCGAAGGUGAGGGUCUUGCUGUGGCCUGGGGCCUUGAACAGACUAGACACUUCACCCAAGGUUGCGAUAACGUUAUUGUGAUCACCGACAAUAAGUCACUGGUGAAGAUUCUUGGUGACUGCACAUUGGACGAGAUCACUACCUCACGCCUGUUCCGUCUCAAGCAACGUACCCUCCCAUGGCGGUUUGAAAUAGAGCACCUACCUGGCAAGUGUAACCAUGCAGCAGACGCAACAUCAAUACACCCAUCACCCUCAGGUGCUCUAAAUAGUAUAUCACCAGUACCACCAAGCCUCCCUGGCCUAUUAGAAUCCGCCCUGAUGGCAUCCAUCCACAAUGACACCCAGGAACUCAGUGCCAUUUCUUGGUCACUCAUCGCGUAAGCGACAGCUGCUGACCCAUCCCUUCCCCACCUCUUACAGCAGAUUGAGCAUGGAAACAAAGUCACCAACUGCACUGACCCCUCUAUUGCCCCGUUUUGGCCCAUUCGCGAAUCCAUCUACGAAGAUGAGGGUGUCUUCUUGUAUCAGGACCGAGUAAUUGUUCCAUCAUCACUAUCCAUGCAGCUCAUCAAGGGACAUCAGCAAUGGAACAACACGCCCGUCAGAUAGUAUACAGGUCAAGUAUGUCGAAGGACAUUAAGGCAACAAGACAACAUUAACAACAUAUAUAUAUAUAUAUAUAUAUAUAUAUAUAUAUAUAUAUAUAUAUAUAUAUAUAUAUAUAUAUAUAUAUAUAUAUAUAUAUAUAUAUAUAUAUAUAUAUAUAUAUAUAUAUAUAUAUAUAUAUAUAUACAACAUAAAAACCUCAUGGUCGGUGAGUCGGUCUUUCAUUGAAAUUUCAAAGAAAGACCUCCCAUUCAGUUUUUAUCCUAUAUUUAAAAAUAACAGGUUAACUAAGAACAAAGUCUGAGUGAGGACUAUUGCCUGGUGUGCGUUUGACCUGAAUUAUAAUACCUGGUAGAAAUCCUUAGAAACAGGGUCCUGCUGUGUCCUAUUAGAAUCCUAUUUCAUAAAGUGCUUUCUCUCAGAGUAUUAAAUUAUUUUAAUGACAAUGACAAUGACAAUUUUUCUCUUGCAUACUACACAGUAUAAAAUUGUUCUCUUGCAUACUACACAGUAUGAACACCAUUUAUAACCACACAUAUGGCACCACAAUGGUCCUUAGAAGCUAGUGCUUACAUCACGUAAUUUUGAAACAAUAAAUUAUUGACGUAUCUCAAAAUGCAUUGUGCAUUAUAAAAAUCAUGUGACGUAAGCACUUCUAAGGUCUAUUAAACCCACUCUUGAUAUAUAAUCGCACACUACAUUAUAAAGAUGCUCAUCUCAAUUUACCCCAGUGGGCCCUUUGGUGAUAUUAAAUAUAAGAUAUUUUCACUCAGCUUUCACCCACUCUACACCACCAUUUCCUUAUACUUUACCAUGAUAGUAAUCAAAGAAAACAAGUAAUGAUGAUUUCAAUUUAUUUUACUUCAUUUCAGACAAAAGAAUCAUGGGAAUGAAAAGAACACUCAAAUUGCAGAGGAUUUUCGGGCUGCUAUAGCAAAUGGGGAUAUUAGUGUGAUUCAAAACAUCUUGGAUAAAGGUAGAACAGAGAUCGAUUGCGUACAGUAGCAGGACAGUACUAUUCAGUAGAUGGUAUAGCUAGUAAUUUUCCCAAUCCUAAAAAGCUUUGAGACAACGAAUAUCGACCGUAAAAUGACUUUCGGCCCUAGCUCGUACAUUAAAAAGGAAGUUCAUUCAUUAAAUUGCCCAAUCUAAAUAUUCCGAACAAAAUUGGGCCCAAUCUAGAUUAUUCUAACAAACGAUGGGCAGAGUUUCUAGUAUAACAAGCCUGGUAAUAACACAGAGCUGAAGCACUGGACAUUUUUUGUGACGUCACCAGUGGAAAAUCGAGUUGGCACAUGCAAAUGGAAUGAUGCAGCCAUUCUUCCUUUCCAGAGGACUGAUAUCGAAAUUUUUCACUAACAAAUAUAUACCAGUGUAUUUUCUUUGUAGUAUUUGUCGUAAACUUGAUGGAUGUUAACUCACUGUAUUAUGUUAGGUAUUUCGGUGGAUUGUAUUUUGAAAUCUGGUUGGACUGGUCUUAUGCAUGCAGCAAGCUGUGGGUUGCCUGAAGUGGUGACCAUUUUGACUGAACGAGGUGCAAAUGUGAACUUUCAAAAGGGUAUGUAUGAUAUUGAUACAGUUAAUUCAAUUAUGGUUAAGGUUGUCCUUUCUAAGUCAAAACGCAAAACCGCAAGACCUUAAUUCCAAGCGUGUAGAGUACAAUGGACAUGCAUUAUGGUGGGUCCGACACUCCGUGGUUUUACGGUCCCACUAAUUAUAAUUCAUGAAUUCCCAUGAUUUUCUGCUAUUUCUGACCUUAUCUGCUCGUCUAGCCCAAAUUCAAUAGCAAACCCGGCACUUUAUUUUUAAGACAGGGUGUCCCAAAAAAAUGCCCCCUAUCAUAUUUUGUGGUACUACAUCGUUACCUGUAAUCGAAUAUUCAAAUUUUUUCAUUUUUUUAUCAAUGAACAUAUUACGUAGGGACCGGUCAUAAAGUAAUUACUAGAGGGGGGUGGAGGAUAAAUGAAAUUUCAAGUACAUAUUUUCAUACCCUCCCAAAAACCUAUGGAAAAAUUUUCGUAACCCCCUUCAAUGUAAGUGAAAAUUUUCAUACCCCCCCCCCCCCCUUCUAUCAUUAAUUCUGUUUUAACAUUUGUCUUGCGUUUAUCUAUAUUUCGAAACUCUCCAGUUUGUGAUAACUCUCCCAUUUCUUGUAGUGGUAACCAUAUCCUCAACAUUUUCUACAGUCUCAACUCUCCGAUUCGUUACCAGUUCCAAACGUUCCACGGAUAUUGAAUCCUACUUAUCAUCUGACAUUGAAUCAGAUUGAAACAUAUAUACUUUGUGUUGAUUUUUAAAUAAAAAAUGAAACAUAUAUAUGAUUGUUAAAUCAUGUAUAUGUUUCAUUAAAAAUUAUUAAUUAAAAAUUAUUUAUUAUGAUUUUUAAAUUAAACAUACAUACUUUGUGUUAAUUUUAAUUUUUUCCUGUAAUUAUUAUUAAAAUAAUAGUUAUAUUAAAACAAUUCUUUCCAAACUUAAACUCUGGGCACAAAUACAUUCAAUAUUCAACAAUAAAUAUAAAAUGUAAUUUUUUUCCGUACCUAUAGUACUAAGAUUUUGGUACCCCCCUAGAGGUUCUGUUGUUUUUUCGUACCCCCCACAGAGGUUCUUGGUUUUUUUCGUUCCCCCCCCCCCAAAAAAAAAAUAUAUCCUCCACACCCCCUAGUAAAUACUUUAUGACCGGUCCCUUAAUCGUUGCAUUUUUUCGCUCCAAAAUAUUUAACCGUUCGCCUUCUAGAGUUACUUAAGGUGGCGACACCAAUAUUGCCACUUGUCCACAUUGAGGAUAUUACGUUUAAACAUAUUACGGAACGUCAUAAAAUAUUUUAAUGGUAAAUGACUACAUAUCUUUUCUAAAACUUGUAAUUAGUUGUAGCCAAAAUCGCAAAUUAAUUUUCUGUAAACAUAAUGAAGCAAUUCCCAGAAAGACUAGUGCCGAAAUCCCAACAUUUGCUCUUUCAUGGAACAAACUGAACGGAAAACAGCAAAUUUAAGGCAUUUUCCCAACCUUAGCUUUGCCUUUGUCAACUUGCCAGGGAUUUUUCAUCUUUUUUUAAUUAAUUUCUACAAGAAACAAAAGUUUAAUAAUAGAGAUAAAAAACAUUUUGUUUUUGAGCAAAAAGGUGGGUAGAAACUUUAGAAAUCCUUCUGCAAAGUUUGCAUUAUUUUUAACCUAAUUUCUGUAAUUUGGACGAGUUGCAAAAUUGGUGUCGCCACCUUAAGUAUCUCUAGAAGCCGAACGGUUAAGCAUUUUGGUGAGAUAUAAAUACUACGAUUGAUAUAAUAUGAUUGUUUUUCAACCCACUGCAAAAAAUUUGAACCUUUGAUUAAAUAUAGCGAAGUAUAAUACCACCGAAUAUGACAGGGGGCAUUUUUUGGGACACCCUGUAUAGGUCUCCCGAAAAGGUCUUUUAUUUUCAAAAAAAUCCAUAGAAUUGCUUUAAUCCUUAUAUUCUCGCUUGAUUAAUCUACACUAUAAAAACCUCAGUCUAUAAUUCGUAUUGCAUGAAGCACAUCUCACACAGUGCAUGCGCAUAGCGUUGCAUCAUUAUGUAUAUUAUUUCCCCAAGGUUGGCAGGAAAAUACCAAAUUUGACAAAAACUUAAAUCGUGCAUAAACAUCUAAAUGUAUUAAAAUAAUUAACUCAUUAUGAUCAGACAUAACUUCAACACUGCUACAUUGUAUUUUAUGCGAAAAUUCAUCAAAUGUUUUACUCAAUUUAGUCAAUUUUUUAAAUUUUGCAGAAUGACAGCUGCCGGCCCGACGUCACAAAAUAUAGCUCUCUGAUUGGUCAAGAUUUCAGCCAGCCUUCAGAGAGCCUUUAUAUCUUGUGACGUCGGGUCGGCAACCGUCAUCCCGCUUAUAUUUUUCUUGCCAACCUUGGGGAAUUACUGUAAUAUACAUAAUGAUACAACGCUAGCUACCUUUUCGAGAGACCUACAGUAUGCUUUUUAACGUUAAGGAAAUUUUUUGUGGGACUUGCUUUGGGAAUUAAAUUCACUUGAUUAGCAUAUUAAAUAGUAGACAUGUAUUUAGUUAGCAAAACAUAACAACUACUAGUGCUAACACAACCUCGUACCCAGGGUGCGAAGGUAAGAGCCUGGGUACGAGGUUGGUGCUAACAUGCAUGUAUAGACUUAACAGCUAGUCCAUGAUAAAUUUGCUUUUCGCGCUAGAGGUGACCUUCAGAGGACAACCUUGACUCAGUUGGAUGUAUAUACUGUAUGUUCUUUCAGUCCGUAUACUAGCUGUUGUAUACUGUAGUUUGCUGCAGUAGUUGGGAAGAAUAAGUGGCAGGUGUGGUUAACAUGUCUCUUAAGGGCUGCAUUCCAUUUAAGCGUUUCUCAUAUACGUAUACGUGCGGAAACUUUGAAAUCUUUGUAAAUUUUGUAUUACUAUACUAAUUCACCUAACAAAUGCACAUUAAAUGAUACACAAAACUAAACGCUGUUCGUUUUUCUUUUCAUUUAGUUGUUUUAUAAGGGAAUGGAAUUAAAAUUUCCCGUGCGUAUAAAAACACUUUUAACAGGAAUGCAGCCCUUAUACUGCAGAGUUAUAAGCUUAUUAUGGAAUGUCGAGUGUAGUGCAUUACUUAGAUGGUUGACUGCCUUGCACUCACUCGAUGUGCUUGAAAACCAUGUAAGUUGAAUGGUGGAUGGUUAUCUUCUGUGCUUUGAGGGCUUUAUUCCUGGUCAAAAGUUAACCCUUCCCUAUUAGUGUCCUCCGUGAUUACACAUACAGGCAGGCUUUUAGCCAGAAUGGCGUCCUGGGACGCCCCUAGAACGAAAAAUGGACGCCUUUGGACGUCCAAAUUCUGGGGGGAAAGGGAAAUGAAUUAUUUUCAAUUGUUCCCCUAAGUAUAUUAAUAUAUCUGAAACGAAAUAGCUUCAAUUCUAAUUAUUAUUAUACAUUUGACAUUUUGAUCAAUUUGAUGGUGUACCUGGCUGAAUGAACCCCCUCUUUACUGUAGAUGUAUCGUUAUACCAAAAUUGGACGCCCUCUUUUAGAACUCUGGCUGAAAGCCUGCAUACAGGUAUACGUCGUAUGGUGUCAGCCAGAGACGCUGUUGUUACCUUCAAGAAAUACAGUAGAUAAUAGGAGAUCGUACAAGUUGAGGUGCAACAUACUAGCCAAAUCACUUGUUUUGACGAUAAAUUUAAUUAACUGGAAAUAUAAAUGUUAUGACAUUUUAUCUUCAUCUUCGUUUUAUGUCUCUGAAAGAAUGCGAUUUAAAUUCCAUUAUGUCAUUAUCUCUUCUAGAUAUGUUUUCAGUAAUGAUGGCAGCAUGUUCGUCUGAUUGCGAUGCAGAGGAUAGAGUUGCAGAAUGUCUAAAUAUUUUAAUUGAAAAAGGAGCUAAGAUAAAUUCUCAUGACAGGUAUGGCAUUUUUCCCUUUUUUUGUCGAAAGCUGUGCAGUAUAGAAUUUUAGUUCUUCAUGUCCAUUUAACUGCAUGAGCAAACUAUAUACUUUGGGAUUAUCGUAAACUUUGAACUUUCGCUUUGUGGACAUUAUUCUCGAUGUAGGCUAUAUAGCAUCACCUAUACCAGACAUUUAAAGUGAUUGUGUCCAUAUAUAUUUUAGAUAUCACAUGACACCACUGAUGUACGCCUGCCGAAAUGGUCGAGAAAGAAUGGUUGAGAUUUUAUUACCUCAUAAGCCUGAUGUAAAUAAGCAAGAUCAAAGAGGAUGGACGGUAAAGUAAUUCCAGAAGAACAUUAAAUGUUUUUUCGUCUACCAUGCAUUUCUCAAUAAAAAUAUGAAUAAAAACAUUCAUGCACCUUAGCACCUAUACGCAACCAUGUAGUUGCGUUACACCGCGUCCCGAAAACAAGAUGUUUGCGAGUUUUGAAAAGAAGCACACUUUUUUGACAUUCUAAUCAAAACUUUAUAUAGUAUGAGGUUUUUUAUAUUUUUAUUUUGUUAUUGUUGUUUUAAAUUUGUUUCACUGUUGUUUUUGGAGAACGUUGUUUCCUGCGACAGAAUUUAAAUUAUUACAUGACUGUAGAAAAUAAAAAUGAAAUGCAAUAAAAAUGCGAUGUACUAAAACAGUUAUUGGAUGAGGUUUUUGUGAUCACGGAUUAAAUUAAAUCAAGUGUUAUCAGUCGAGUCGAAGCCGAGUGAAUUUCGUGGCAUUGGGUAUGAACAUGGUUCAGACGAUAUAUCUGUACAGUAUAUUAGUCAUACAUGCAGAACCUUUGUUUGUGCGUGUGGAUGAUAAUAUCUGAAAGAACGUGUCUCUUUGUUUACAAACAUGUAUUAUACAAACGUACCAAAAAUUCCACAUUUAUACAUGCAACUGUAAAAUGUCCAGUAUUUCCGUCCUUGUCUACAACUUGUUUAAUCUUUUAAGAGUUUCACUCCAAAUUUCCUGCUGAUUUUAUAGGCUCUUGGCUGGGCAGCGAGUCGUGGUCAUGGCAGGAUAGUACGAAUGUUACUAGACGAAAAUGCUAAUCCUAAAUUAUACACUAAUGACGGACAAUCUUCUGAAGACUUGGCGUAUGAUGGCGGUUUUACUAUUGUAAGAGUCUCUUCGUUGUCUGGGUGAAUGUUAUAUUUUAAUAGUAUGAUCAUUAUUUAUAGUAUGAAAAGUAUGUAAAGGCCCGUUUACACGGGCGAUUUUUGCUGUGAUUUUAGUUGCAAUUUUCUCCUUUUGGAGGAUGUGAAGGAGUAUAUUACUUAAUGAUGUUGUUAUGAGAUUUGAUAACCUGGAACAUUUAUAACUCAUCCACUCCUUCACAUCCUCCAAAAGAAGAAAAUCGCAGCAAAAAUCACCCGUAUAAACGGGCCUUAACGUCUCUAUACACAUUAUACACCUUAAGUUGGUGGACAAUAUUUCCAAAUGACGUCACAAGGAUUAGGGUUACAAUUAUAGUUAGAAUAUGAUUUAGUGUUAUAGGUGUAGAGUUAGGAUUACCGUUGGGAUUUAAAUUGAGGAUUAGUAAAUACAGUAUCAUUACAAACGUCCCGACCGCAGAUUCCUAAAUUGCAAUGUAAUUUAUUAGUCAAGUAGAACCUUGAGAUAUUUGAAUUGACAGUUACUUCUCAUUGAAGUAAUAAGUUAUUGAUCUUUGAAACUAAUAAUACGCAUGAAUAAACGUCUCUCCAAUUUUGCUGAGAACAAUGUAAUUUUAGUGUAAUACAGUACUAGAAAUGUAAUUCAGUUGUGAAUUUCAUACCCUUUGCUGUAUAAGCAUAUAGUAUAUUUGAUACCUUUUAGAUUGCAGAUGUUCUUAAUAACGUUGUAAACCCAGGCAGGCGUAUGGAUCAAAGUUCGUAAGUACCUUCCGUUUUCCUCCCUCAAUAUUUUACACUAUACUGUUUUAGCGCUGAAGUAACAUGUAACAGUCGUGAAAAGAUAUUACUUCGUGGUGCAGUAGUACUGUGUGUUAAACCGUACUGUUAGUAGUGUAUUGUAUUAAUCUAAUCAUCCUUAUACUUACAGCUGAGAGCUUAGCUGAAUUAGGAAAGACGCCGCUCUAUACGUUAUGACUCGUAUUUGAUCACGGAGCAUAGCUGCGGUGGAACAGUCAGUUUGAGACUCAUCACAACCCGAUAUUCCCCAUGGGAGUAAAGUAUACUCACUUUAAUAGUAUACAUGAAAAAAUUUCUCAAUUUUGAUUGGCUAAGAGUAAGAGCAGUGCAAUUUUUUCGAAAUACAGUGCAAAAAAAGAAAUACAGUGCAAAUUUCUUAAUUUUUUAAAAUUUCUAAAUGUGACUUUCAAGCACGUGAAAUACAGUGCAUGCAAAUUUCUUAAUUUUUUAAAUUUUCUUAAAUUAAUUUCCUUAAUUUUUUAUUUUUCAAAUUUCUUAAUUUCUUAAUUUCUAAAUGUGACUUACGCACGUGACUGCAUAAUUUUCUCAUGUAUAUUAUUAAUAAGUAACAGUAUGGUUUAUCGUGCAAUUUGAAAAACCAUACACUCGUGAGUUUUUCAAAGACUUCAAAUUGCAUCACAUUCACUCUAAUGCAAUCGUCCUUCGGACUCGUGCAAUUUUGAUAGUCUUUGAAAAACUUAUACUCGUGCAUGGUUUUUUCAAAUUGCACUCGAAACCAUACUAUUACCUAAUACCUAUACAUAUAUUUUUAUUUAGACAAAACUGUCCCGGAUCUGAGAUCGCCGCAGGUGAACAAGGGUGAGUAAUGUUUCGCUUACACAAAAUAUCAUUUGAAAUUACAGUAAGUACAAUUUUCAUUCUCAUCAAUAACCGAUUAUAAGAUAGUAACGAAUUAAUGCGUUUGUUUUCGAUAAAUUAAUGAUUACACUCAGUUACGAAGUUAGAAAUGAGCACGAUGGAAUAAGGAUCCAAUCUGCAUGACUGAGCUGUUGGGUUAUGCAACUUUAGACCACUUUCCAUCAAGACAAGUAAUGAAAAUUGCUGGAGCUCAAAUUAUGCCUUACCGUCCUUUAGCACUCUGAAAUAAUAAUUGAGCUGGAAAGGGGUUGCUCUGAAAUGGAUUGAAUUAUUUUACAGUAGAAGUUAAUGUUAUGUUAUUUUUUUGCGAAACUUGAUGUGUAGACAAAAAAAGUUGGGUAACAUAUUACAACCAGGAUUUUAGGCACUUCUCCCUGUUAGGUGUUUCAUACAAACCGUAAAGUUUCCAUACAAAACAUUACAUUUUGUUCUGUCUAGCGAGAUCCCACUAACUCCACUUCUCGUGUAGUGAUAGCGCUGCACCAGAAUCGCAGGUUCGAUUCCUCCUUGAGGGUCUACAGUUACAUUUAUGCAACAGCUUCCGCUUAUUAAGUUUUUGGACGCUCUGGUUUAAAAUAUUUAUUGAUUUAACAAGAAUAUGAAUAAGAAAGCUUCGUAUUGAUGGGGACACAACUACCUGAAACAUACAAGGAGAACUUCUACGUUUGGAGCAAAAACCCUUCGUCGGGAAGUUAGUUCCCAACAAUGGGCCUUCGCUCGAAACGUCGAAGUUCUUUUUUUAUUUUCAGGUAGUUGUAUCCCUUUCAAUCCGAAACUUUCUUGUUAUUGCCACUACCUAUACUGCAUGGCACAGACCGUUCAAUAUGAGUAAUCCUGGUUUCGCCUCAAACAUUUUUAAAGGCUUUCGCUUAGGUCUUAAAUAUGUAUGUGUAAUUUUGUCACUCGAAAUUUUCGUUCAUAUUCUCCCGGAUUUAAUAAGUCAAAUCAAUAGUAAAUGCUCCAACAGUGAACUCGUUAGAAAGUUAAUGACUAAGUUUUAAUUCUUAAAAUAAAAUUCAUUCUGAAUGCGUUGGCUAGAUUUUUCAUUACGUGCAUGCUGGUGUUGAUGUCUAAGAUUUUGUUCGAUCCUGUCUAUAAAGUCUCUUAAUUAAUACGUGUUACGUUUGUAUAGUGACUGUGUACGAUAUGGUGAUUUAGAGUUAUUCCUAUUUGGACUGGAAUUGGGGCACCUUGUUCCUCUAUUUCAGGUAUAGUUGCUAGUAAUAUUAAAUAUAUGCAAUAAAUAUAUAUUUAUGUAUGAUAUAAUAUGUAAUAUAUAAAAUAUAAUAUAUAAUAAAUACCAGUAUAAAUAUGUAGUAAAUAUACGUGGUGUUUCCACGAACCAAAACUUAUAUUAUACAAAGAACUCGAUAUUAAAUAUGGAGAUAAUGGAGACUUCAGUUUUUGCAAGCAUAUGACCAGGCAAAGCACGAAUUUUUAUUUCAGCACGCGUUGUCCAUGCACAACAAUUUUUGUCAGAAUUGCAGCUUUCUAACUGGACAAUUUGAAUUUGACGUAUAAUAUAAUGGCUUAAACAUAUGUUAGCCUACUAGCACUAUAAAAUAUUUAAUGGUAUCCUUGAAUCCAGUGAGUAAUUCCAAUCUCUGCCUAUGAUAAUACUAUCUCCUAUCUCUCAUGUUAUCUAAUUAUCUCAUAAUUUUAUAUAGGAUCACAAAAUAACUUUUGGUGGCUUUUUACAAUUAACUGAUGCUGAACUCCAACAGGUAAGAACUUGACCUAUUUCGGUUUUUAACUAUAAGGCGUUCUUCCCAAAAUUGGUACUUUCCCCUAUAUUUAAGUGCCAAUUCUAAAGCGGGGGGAUCCGACGUCAGAAUCGGAUGUUGUGACCAUAGACGGAUUUUCAUAUUUUUUACUGGGGUGGUGCCAGAAAUUUUAGGGGGGUGAGCCGCGAGCAGGUGACUGAAGCAACACAAAGUGUCACCAAACCCCAGUAAGGUCUAUAUUCCAGGGGUGGAGCACUAGAGCCGCGAGUGGGAGUCUAGAGAGCAGAAAACAAAGUAUCCCUGGAAAAAAAUUGAAAAAAAUCAUGAUUUCUAGCUUCGAAAAAACGUUUUUUUAAGUUGUCAUAUCAAUGGAUUUGGCAUGUCCGAUUGUCUGUUGAGACUUGAGGGAGUUAAAGUUAAAUGAACCUGUAAAAGUGUAAACCCAAUAGGCCAAUACACAAUAUGCUUUUACUUUUAUAAAAUCAUUGACAUUGUGUCGUUUGAAUCCGAGUACAAUUUUUGAUGUAACUCCGAUGUAAAUAAUAUUUGGGACGUAAAGAUAAAUUCUAGGUAAGACUAUUUCCUAAAAGAAUUAAAAACUAAAAAUAAUGUUCGUAAAAUUUCCAAACGUUCCUUGCAAGCAAGCUAUUUGCAUGACAAGGCACUGCAAACUCUAUUCAGGGGAGAUAGUAGAGUUUCAAAACUUUACAAUUGGUCCAAUAAACCAGUGAAUGCAAGCGAGGAGCAAUUAGUUUCAGAGUAUUGCACGGUCUUUUUCUAUUUGAGUGUACUCCUACGUUUAUUUUGUAUCAUCAACACUCUGCACGUUGGAGUCGACUAUUUAAUUAUUUUUAUCAUGCCGAAUAUGGGGGGGGGUUGAAAAUUUUUUUGGAGGGGUGGACAUUUUGUUGGGGGGGGGGGGCUAAUAUUGGGGGUAGCACCCCCUGCACCCCCCCCCCCCCCCCCCCCCACAAAAUCCGUCUAUGGUUGUGACAUACUGUAGAAUUAUGUACCUGUGUGUAAACUGGUGUGGGGGGCCUAAACUUGAACAUUGGUGGUCAGGCAACAAAUUUAUAUCGAGGGGGGUAAAUUAGACUGGCCUCUCAAGUUCAGCCCUCCUCUAAUUUCAUGCUCCCUUAUACCCCAUCUAUUUGUGCGUCUCGUUCUUACACCGCAAGGCGAGUUUGGCUAUUCGAGGCCCUCUAUACUGACUGUAGCUGCCAUUGGGCAUAUAGGUCUGGGGUCAUGUGUUGUGUUAAGAUUAUGUCUUUCAAUGACAAUGCAGUAUAUUAAUGUGGUCAACUGUAUGAGGUCCGGACUAUAAAAUAUUAGUCGAGUUCUUUUUUUCUCUUAAACGAGCUGAAACUUACAAAAUUUGUGUUAUUUUCUGCAUAGUGAAAUCCUAAGGUCACUGAAUUCUUUUAAGACAUGUCAAGCAAAAAUCUUGACCCUAUUACUGAUUUUAAUUAAUUAUACGUUAGUAUCUACUUUUUAAAACAUUGUGUUCAAGAACAUUUGUCAACUUAUUGUUUUUUUUCAGAAUAAUCCUUUGAGAUAUGGAGAGCAAUUUUAUGCUGACAUACUAUAUUGUACACAUGCAUAUAAACACCGCACAAAAAGAAAUUUCCCCCAUAAAUAUGUUAUCAUAAAUUCCAAAUAAAUGAAUACCUGAUAAUCACACUUAUAGCACUAAUUAGACGCACGGUAGUUUGCUUAAUGCUGUUUGAAGAAUGGGAUCAUUCAUGCUUUAAAGAAUGACUUAGCCUCCAUUGCAUACAAAAAUACCCAAUUUCAAAAUUAACAAAAACAAAAUUAACAGUGAUGUUUCAUUUAUGAUUUAAUAAUGGGUGUAAUCUCCAUGCUUUUCGAUAUUCAGCAUCAUCUCCUCAGAAAGAGUAUGAUGUGGCCUGCGAACUCGCCAGAUCUCAACCCAAUUGAGUAUCUUCGGGACCAGCAAAAGCGGUCUGUCUAUCGCCAGUUCGAAGAAUACAGCACUCUGAAUGACCCCAUUCUUCACACAGCCAUUAAUCAAACUACCAUAGGUCUAAUUAGUCCUAGGUUUGAUUAUUAGGUAAUAAUUUGUUUAGAACUUAUGAUGAUAUAUUUAGGGGGGAACUUUCUUUUUGCGUGCUGUUCAUGUAAUAACUAAUUUUUAAAAACAUUCUGUUGAAAAACAUUUGUCAACUUAACGAGUUUUUAAAUUCAGAGUUAUCCUUUUGAGAUAUGGAAAGUCAUUUCAUGCUAACAUACUAUAAUGUAACGAUUUUUUAAAAACAUUCUCUUGAAAAACAUUUGUCAACUUAACGGGGUAUUUUUUUCAGAAUCAUCCUUUGAGAUAUGGAAGUAAUUUCAUACUAAUAUGCCACAAAAAGUUCCUACUAUUUAGUUUUUGCCAAUAUGUCGUUUGAACGUAAUGUGUGUGUACUGUAAAUAGUUUUAUCUCCUGUUUUAGAUUGGAGUUAGUCAAAUUGGUAUUCGUAAGAAGAUCCUAACAGCUACACACGAUGUGCAUACGAAAGAGUGGGAUUUAUCAAGCCUUCCAUCUCAAACAACCAAUAAAAUCACGUAAGUGUUUGCCAUCAAUCCUUUCUUAAGCCUCCCUCAAAUAAGCACUAUUUUUAGGGGAAGAUCAAUCCCCCUCUCUAUUAAGCACCCCCCUCCCCCUCUCUCCAUAACAACGCGUGUGUACUGACUGCAUACAGUAUAUUAUCGUAGAAAUGCUAACAAUAUGGGUACUGAAUGUAUUGAAAAACAUUGUAAACUGUAUAAAUUAGUCAACACAAUUCCGGAAAUCCACUUACCAAAGUCACAGCCUCCUCCACAGGCCCUCAUGCCUCAUGGGAAGGUCACAACUUCUAGAAGGCCUGUAGCAUCUUGUUAACAAAAUGGCGUCAUACACUCUUACUUACGCCAUAACCUACGGCAUACUUUGUCAGCACUUUCUCAGCAUGAAUAAAAAGUGCACAUUUAAUAAUAAUAAUAAUAAUAAUAGUAAUAAUAAUGACUAAUGUUUUACAAGAUUCCGCAGGCCCUGGGGAAAUUGUGUGUGACCUUCCCAUGGUGCACCAGGGCCUGUGCAAGAUGCUACGAGGUUGUGAAGCCAUCUUGGGAAAUAUCUGUUCAAUUUUCCCAGGAGCGACGACUUAAACCUUGUUCUGGGCAAUGUAGAGAAACACCUUCAAUAUAUCAAAUGUAGUAUAGGAUACGUCACAAAGUCCUUGAAUGGAGCAGCUGAUCCAACGAAUGUUGUACAGGUAUGAUCAGCGUAUUUGAAUAUUAGACAAUUUCAUGCAUGGGGUUAGUGUGAUUUAUGAAAAGCAAGCAAGCAGUCAUGAUGAAAUGAAUGCCCAGAGUAACGAAAGAUAAUUCCUGAAAUAAACACUUCUAUAAUACGAUAACCGGCUCUGCUUAAUAUUUUGACGUUUGCGAUAUUUUUACAAUGACGUGCAAACUAUCUUGUAGAAUAUAUUCAUAUUGCAGGACGGCGAGCACGCCAGACAGUUUCUGGGCAGAACUGAGGAUGUCUUAACUGAAGUCAGUGGGAUAUUUGAUGAAAUAGCACGACUACAAUACUUAGUUAAAGAGGUAUCACAAAGUUUAUUUCGAUUCUCCAUAAUAAUAUUAUUAAUCGUAAUUAAUUCAUUCGCGGUCAAUUUUCCCACGAGGCAUUGCACGAUUUGCAGACGGCAUACUUUGUAAAACAGUCUAAUUUGCUCAUUUGUAUUGAUAUGCUGCUUUUUUUAAAGUUGCUUCAUCUCAAAGUCGCUUUAUCUUAAAAGUCGCUUCAUCUCAAACUAGGCUAGGGUUGGAUAAUGCGUCUGAAAUGUAGAAACGAAAGCGACCACAUUGGUGUUAUCACCGCAAAUAUACCGUAUAGCUGCUGACAUUUUGGGAGAGGUUCUUCCAAUUUCCGCUAUUAAGGGCCUGUUCAUAUGAUACCGCUUACGGACGUCUCUUUUACCGAUGAUCUCGCCGCCUAUCUAUUUUCCUAUAAAAUUUUGCAUUGUGUUCAUAUGAGAAAGCGAGCUGGCCCGCUUGCCGAGAUCUCGUUUGAAUUUGCCGAGAUCAUAGGUAGGUGGGAUGAAAAUUUUUCCAUAUGAACACGCCAGCCCGCUUACCGGGAUGAAGUGAAACAAGUCUUGCCGGUUUAAUUUAACACUUUUUACUUGGUUUUAUGUUUGUUUUGUAAACAAGUAUUAAAUAACCACCUGAAGCAAUACUUUUUCUUGUAAAUAAACGAAGAAAAACACUAAAAUCACCAAGUAUUUGUGUUGCUUGACUGAAAUGUAGAAGUUUUGCAUAUGCUAUUAAUUAUAGAACUUCAAUGUAAUUUCACUCGGCAAGCGGGACGAAAUACUCCAUAUGAACGCACGGAAAUAUUCGUCUCGGUAAGCGAGACGUCCCGGUAAGCGGGAUCAUAUGAACAGGCCCUAAUAUUGGUGAGACAGGAACCAUUAGUAGAUUGAAAUCAGUCAGUGUCCCAAAGAUUCUAUAUAUAGAACUCAUUAAAAGUGAUUCAAAAUUGGGAGGUGAUAUAGAAAAAGAAAAUACUUGACUCCACAAGGAAUUUUCAACGAUUCGAUCUGUAAAGAAUUUGACAGAUCUCAUAAAUAUCCUGGUUUCAAAAUUGGCUCAUUGAAUUCAAAAAUUUGUUCUAUCCAGUUUUUAGAUCAGUGAUUUAUUCAAGGUUAGAAACCAGUCUAUCCGACUGUAUAAUAAACUAGUUCUUUUUAGAUAUCGACAAACGUUCCAAAUGCUCCAGCUGACCUGGUUUCUGAAAAGACGAAUACGAACCCAGAACAACAAAAGUUCACGUAUCUUCCUGUUGUGUUGGUUGCUGGAUGUCUAGCUCUUGGAUUAACUGUCGCUUGGCUAAGUAGUGAUAGUUAACCUGAAACAUUUAUUUUAAAUUGUACUUAUUUAUGCACCUUUAAUUACAAAGUUAUAUUUUAAAAACAAAUAAUAUAAAAAUAUUUGACUGUUGUUUAUAUGGCAAAAGAAAAGCAUUUGUUUAAUAAAGUGUUUUAAAUAUUUCUCCAUGGCACAGCCUUUUGGGCGCCAUCCUUUACGAAAACAGCUAUUCGUGCACAUUUAAUCGUACUAUUUACGUAAGAGGUCCACUAGCUACAUUACAUAUUAUCCACUAAAGAAAUUUCGUGAUAUUUAUAAAAAAUUCGUUAAAGUAAAAAAAUCUUUCAAACUGCCCAUAUUUUCUCGGCUUCUUCCAUCCAAAAUGUAGAAUCUUAUAUCAAACGACAGAAAACGAAAGCCAAUGUAAGAAAAAGCAUUUGCACAACUAAGGAUGUUGUACUGGUGAAAGAAGUGUGUCCGGAUGGUGAUGGUAUUGUUGGUGAUGGUGUUGCUGGAUUAUUAACGCGACAUACUCCAUUCUCCUCUAAUUCCUUUCUGAUGAAUGUUCCAACACUGAAACAAAACUCAUCUGUUUCAUUGAAGAGUGGAGCAGGAGGUGUGCUCGCGCAUGUAGGAUUUUCACCAAUUGCUAUUGCCAUUCCACGAUUGAGAUGUUCGUCAAUAUGACAAUGCAUAAACCAGUAACCUGGGUUAUCUGUGAUGAAAUGAAGAACGACGUAACCUCCAGCUGGAACUAUAAUAACAUCUUUACGGACUGUAGUGCUGUUCACAGAAAUACCUUCGGGUGUGACACCAUUCCAUUCUGCUGGACCACAUGAAGGCACAGUUAGGUCCUUGUUUGGAGCCUUGAUUGUUCCGUUCUCGUAGUAUUCAGGGUAUCCAAUCUUAGCAAUGAAGUAUGUAUGACCAUGCAUAUGGAUUGGAUGUGUAACAAUAGGAAGAUCUUGUUUUCCCUCUAUUAUUGACGAAAGAACAAAUCUCGCAGUGGUGCCGUAAGUAUUUAAGUACACUGUAUGUGUACAAUACUUCUCUCCUGACUUGUCACAUUUCACUGGAUACUUGCAUUCAUAUUUAGUGCCUUUGUUUUCAACAAGAGGAGUAUCAGGCAAAUCAAACUGUACGCCAUUGAUUAAUGCUUUUGGCCAGUUUACUUCAAAGUUAAAGAACGAUUGGGAUGAGACAUUAUUUGAACUCGGAAUUUCCCGAGUUGGGGUUGGAUACAGCAAUUGAAGAGAUUGUACGUUAUAACAAUCCAUAUAUGCACCUUCGUCACUGAAAUCGUCUGGAAUUAUUUGGAAAGGGCAGUUCAGUACCUUGCAUGGGGAAGACGAAUUUGUACAACGGCCACUUUGCUGUCUAAUUGUUUCAGGAACAUUUUUCGUUUCACUCUCGUUGGUGUAGACCACAAACGCAAAACUUUCUCCUGCUAUCUCGCUGUUAUUGUUGCAUUUCACUGCGAGUGUCUGAAUAUUGAUUGGAUAUUUAGUUCCCGGUUUCACGCCCUCCUUCGCCUCCAAAAUAAAAUCAUAUCUCUCUCCAACAUGCACGAUAAGAAAAUCAGUUUCAAAUUUGUUAACAAGGUAACCGUCAGUUGCAAUAACGUGCAUUGUAUGAUAAUCUAUGGAAACGAUCAAAAUGGUGGAUUUUGUUGCCCCAAGGAUUCAAAAACGAUAGUUCUUCCCAGGAACAACGAAAAAUUCUGAAUGACUCUCAUUGCCUCGACCUCCUAGAACGUUUUUAGCAAUUUCUUUACCAUUUAGGAAGAAUGACAGUCUGUCAUAUUGUAUGGGUAGGUCAGAUCCGUCUGGUAAACAAAAUGGGUCAGGAUUUUGGCCACUCGGAUCAACAUUCACUAAACGUUCUAGUAAAGCCAAGGUUUUCUUUUCAGGUUCAUCUUCAAAUGGUCCCAACCUGGCAUGAAUGUCGCUCUGUGAUUCGCGUAUUAUUAACGCACCAAAUAACCCUUUGUCUCUUUGAUAUCUCAUAUGAGAAUGGUACCAAUGUGUGCCUUGAGGAAAUGCUCGGAAGAUAUAUCUGUAAUU